GGUGCGGUGCGUGCGGCGGGGAAUGUGAACGCCGGAGCCGGAACCGGAGCCGGGAGCCGGGAGCCGGGAGCCGAGUGCCGGAGCCGUGCUGAGGCGAUGGCGUCCGUGGCCGCGUGGCUGCCGUUCGCCCGCGCGGCGGCCAUCGGCUGGGUACCGAUCGCCAACCAGCCGCUGCCGGAGCCGCCCGUGGCGCGCGACCGGCGCCGCGCCGAUGAUGAGAAGCUCAUCAUCAACGUGUCCGGUAGGAAAUUCGAGACUUGGCGCAACACGGUGGAAAAAUACCCGGACUCGCUGCUCGGCUCAAACGAGCGUGACUUUUUCUAUGAGGAGGACACGAAAGAGUAUUUUUUCGACCGGGAUCCAGACAUUUUCCGGCAUAUCCUUAAUUAUUACCGCACGGGGAAGCUGCACUACCCGAAACACGAGUGUCUGACCAGCUACGACGAGGAGCUGGCCUUUUUCGGAAUCAUUCCAGACGUCAUCGGAGACUGCUGCUAUGAGGACUAUCGAGACAGGAAACGUGAGAACGCCGAACGCCUUCUCGACGACAAAAUGUCAGAGAACGGCGAGGGCACGCUCGUGCCGCUGGCCAGCCUGCGCGAGAAGAUGUGGCGCGCCUUCGAGAACCCCCACACCUCGACGGCGGCUCUGGUGUUCUACUAUGUCACCGGCUUCUUCAUCGCCGUCUCCGUGCUGGCUAACGUAGCGGAAACGGUCUCCUGUGGAGAGGUGCCUGGCAAGGCAGAGCCGCUGCCGUGCGGCGAGCGCUACGAGGUCAUCUUCUUCUGCCUAGACACGGCAUGCGUGAUGAUCUUCACGGCCGAGUACCUGCUGCGCCUGUACGCUGCGCCCGACCGCUGCAAGUUCGUGCGCAGCGUGAUGAGCAUCAUCGACGUGGUGGCCAUCCUGCCCUACUACAUCGGACUGGGCAUCACCGAUAACGACGACGUGUCGGGCGCGUUCGUCACGCUCCGGGUGUUCCGCGUCUGUCGGAUCUUCAAGUUCUCGCGUCAUUCCCAGGGGCUGCGCAUCCUCGGCUACACGCUCAAGUCGUGCGCCAAGGAGCUGGGCUUCCUGGUGUUCUCGCUCGCCAUGGCCAUCAUCAUUUUCGCCACCGUCAUGUUCUAUGCCGAGAAGAAGGUGAAGGGCUCGACGUUCACGUCCAUUCCGGCGUCCUUCUGGUACACGAUUGUUACCAUGACGACACUUGGGUGA